CAGCAGCCUGGCAGUUUAAUGCUCCUUAAUGCUGCGUUCAGGAGCAGUUGGUACAUCGCCAUUUUCCUCCCCGACGGGAGGCGUCUAAAGCGGUCCUUUGUUUCUCGCUACCUUGCUCGUGUUGGUGAGCGAGAGUGUUCGCGUGGACGUUCUCUUCGUGGGAUUCUUUUCAUCAGCACGUUUUUAUUCCUCUUGCAGACGUGAUGCUUACACCUGCGCGGACCAGCCUGCAGUAGCCGCGACAGCCUCGCGUUGGCAGAAUUCCGAGGCGGGGUGCGCGCCGUGAAGGCGUCCGACGCGCGGCUCUCCUGUUGCUCAGAGGAGGCAGGGCCGGUGAUUUUCCACUGGCGAUCAUAUCUCUCUGGUCCCCCCUCGUUUGAGGAGACAAAGGUCAGAAAGAGGAGCUUAUAAAUAGGACAAUUUGGAGGCUCGCGGCGCGCUCAAGUCUCACUCGUGGAAACAAGAGGACAAAGAGGACAUUUUUAUUUCGGGACAGAAUCAUUGAGAAAUCACAUCAGGACAGCAGAAAUGGCUCAGAAAGAGAAGCUCCAAUGCCUGAAGGACUUCCACAAGGACACGCUGAAGCCAUCCCCUGGUAAGAGCCCCGGCACGCGGCCCGAAGAUGAGGCUGAGGGCAAACACCCCCAGAGGGAGAAGUGGGCCAGCAAGCUGGACUUUGUUCUGUCCGUGGCUGGUGGAUUUGUUGGUUUAGGGAACGUGUGGCGUUUCCCGUACCUCUGCUACAAGAAUGGUGGAGGUGCAUUCCUCAUCCCCUACUUCAUUUUCCUGUUUGGUGGCGGCCUUCCAGUCUUCUUCCUGGAGGUCGCCCUGGGCCAGUUCACUUCGGAAGGUGGCAUCACCUGCUGGGGGAAGCUGUGCCCCAUCUUCACUGGCAUCGGCUAUGCCUCCAUCGUGAUCGUGUCCCUGCUGAAUAUCUACUACAUUGUCAUCCUGGCCUGGGGCCUCUACUACCUGUUCCAGUGCUUUCAGCCCGAGCUGCCAUGGGCCAAGUGCAACCAGCCCUGGAACACCGAGGGUUGCAUCGAGGACACGUACCGCAAGAACAAAAGCCUGCGGCUGCCUCUCAACGCCUCCAACUUGACCUCCCCUGUCACCGAGUUCUGGGAACACAAAGUGCUGGGCAUCUCCAGCGGCAUCGAGGAGAUGGGCCCCAUCAAGUGGGACCUGGCGCUGUGCUUGCUGCUGGUCUGGGUCAUCUGCUUCUUUUGCAUCUGGAAGGGCGUCAAGUCCACUGGAAAGGUGGUCUACAUCACAGCCACCUUCCCCUUCGUUAUGCUCAUCGUCCUGUUGAUUCGUGGCGUGACCCUGCCCGGUGCCAGCGAGGGCAUCAAGUUCUACCUGUACCCCGACCUUGCUCGCCUGAAGGACCCGGAGGUGUGGAUCGACGCCGGUACCCAGAUCUUCUUCUCCUACGCCAUCUGUUUGGGCGCCAUGACGUCGUUGGGGAGUUACAACAAGUACAAAUACAACUGCUACAGGGACUGUUUGCUGCUGGGGGCCCUCAACAGUGGUACCAGUUUUGUGUCUGGAUUCGCAAUAUUUUCCGUCCUGGGCUUCAUGGCACAAGAGCAAGGGGUGGACAUUGCUGAUGUGGCAGAGUCAGGUCCUGGCCUUGCCUUCAUUGCCUACCCCAAAGCUGUAACCAUGAUGCCUUUCCCCACGCUUUGGGCCAUCCUCUUCUUCAUCAUGCUACUGCUGCUUGGCCUCGACAGUCAGUUUGUGGAGGUGGAAGGGCAGAUCACAUCACUGGUGGAUCUGUAUCCGUCCUUCCUAAGGAAGGGUUACCGCAGAGAGAUCUUCAUCGCUAUCAUAUGCUGCAUCAGCUACCUGCUUGGACUCACCAUGGUUACCAAGGGUGGCAUGUAUGUGUUCCAGCUGUUUGACUACUAUGCAGCGAGCGGUGUGUGCCUUCUGUGGGUGGCAUUCUUUGAAUGUGUAGCUGUUGCCUGGGUUUAUGGCGUUGAUAACUUCUAUGAUGCUGUGGAGGACAUGAUUGGCUACAGACCAAACCCUUGGAUGAAGUGGAGCUGGUCUGUUGUCACUCCUUGCUUGUGUGUGAGCUGCUUCAUCUUCUCUCUGGUCAAAUACAAGCCACUGACGUACAACAAGGUCUACGAAUAUCCUGACUGGGCCAUCGGAGUGGGGUGGACUUUGGCUUUGGCCUCCAUGAUCUGCAUCCCCAUGGUGGUGGUCAUCAAGAUCAUUCGAUCCGACGGGCCGCUCAUUGAGAGGAUCAAGGCGGUGGCCGCCCCCGUUCGCGGCGGUGCCAGUUCCCGCCCGGCGGACCACCGUGGCCCCCGAGACCUGGCCUACCCCGCAGACCCCAACGGGAACAAGGGAGCGCUGAUGAAGGCCCCCAGCCACACCAUCGUAGAAACCAUGAUGUAAAAAAGCAAGCAGGAGACGCUCUCCAUGAGAGCGCUCUCCUCUCCUGCCGCUCUUCUCAAGCUAAAGCUAGCUAGCCUUCUGUUUCGCCGUCUGUCCGUCCUUGCGUCUGUCUGGUGGAAUGAAAAAGGGUUUCAAGGAAAACUAAAUCAAGUCUUUUAGAAAUACUUUCCAAUCUAUUUGUGAUUUACUUACACACGUCUCAGCUGAAGACGCAAUAAUUGAUGAGUCGCUGCUUCUAUUUCUGGACAAGAACUUUCCUGAACCUGUUGGAUCCAAACAUGGAAGUCUGAAAAAGCCCCACGAGAAAAGCAAAUUCUGUGUUGUGAAUGUGUUUUAACUGGCAGCCCACCCUGCUGCUUCCAACACCAUUUUAGUUGCACUUGGAUGAUUUUUGGAAAUGUUGGGAAGAACGCUCCAAAAUCAUGUGAUAAAUCAAAGCCAAAAAAAAAAAAAAAAGUCCAAAAAUCCCAUAGUACUUGAGCUAAUGCUAACAGGCCGAUGCCGGUCAAAGCAGAAUCAGAUGAAUGUGGAUCUUAUCAAAGCAGGAUCUGAAACGCACCUUAGCACGAAUGACCCCGCCCCACUCCCCGUCCCCCUCCCCAGCCUUAAACUGCGAGCGAUGUAUCCGAAAAGGAUUUGAAGUGUUGAACCCUUAAGUGUGUCGUGUUUGCCGUUGUGUCCAGUAGUAGCUGAUCCAUCUAUUAUCUAUCUCGAUAUCUCGCUGUUCUAGACUCGUUUAUGGUACUUUAGCGGCCGCACUACUCUCGGAUGGCGUUUAGUUUUGUUUUCCGCAGAGGAACUUUUCUUCUUCUUCUUCGUCCCUCCUCUGUCUGUGUUCUACUAGGACUGUAGUCUUCUCGUGUUUUGCUGUUGAUGAUCGUUGCAGUAGUUUCACAUAGAGCACCCACCUGGUAGACAAACCACAUGGACAAAAGUAUUGGGACAGCUCGGGACAGUCAGUGAAAAUGGACCAUGUCAUGUUGUAGGGGAAAUUUUGUAGGGCUCACAAAUGUUCACAAAUCUUCUUGACAAAAAAAACCAAAAACAAGUCACAAUCCUCUUGCCGCAGCAAGUUGGGGUCUCCGCUGCCCCACACAGCAGAGAAAGGACAGGGAGAGGUGGCAGGAACACGCAGACCCACUAAGAAAAUUACUUCCAAAAGUGUUCAUGAACAGUACAGUAAAACCCGCUGAAGUCAAGUGUUAUUAGAAAUGAUUCGUUCAUUCAUUGAUUAGCUGGGUUUCAAUACUUUUGUCCACAAAGUUGAGAGAAAAUGAUACAUCUUGUGCUUGAAGAAAUAUUAAUAUUAGUUCUGUGUAGCCCAGCCGCUCCUUUAUGGCAAUGGUGAUCAUUCAUACCUUCAGUAGCACUUUCCUCGUCUUGUAAAUAUCCGGGACCAGUAUCUCCUUUGGACUGAAGUCAGCCAUACAGCACCGGGUGUUUGCCGGUGGUUCUGCUCCAGUAGUUCGGUUGGGCUUUUAAAGUAAAGCAUCCUGACAACAUUGAAGUCUUCAUCUGGUGCGCAGAUGGCAUCAAGAAUGGUUCUGAAAGAUACAGUAGCUGUGUGGGUUCAGAACCAUGGACAGCACUCUUGGUCCUGCAUUGGGCCUGAGAGGCUUCACACAUCAAAUACAGCGGAACCACGGCUAGCGUGCGCCCCGGUUAGCGUGUUUUUUGGUUAACAGAAAAAGUUGCACCAAAAUUUUUGCCUCGGUUUGCUUACAUUUUCCCACUGGUACCUGAACACACCACCGUGACACCUGAGCCUCCCUUUGGUGUCAACACAAGUUUGAUUUCUCCUCAGAGAAAUAGUCGAUAUCAUGACACCGUAUCAUACAAAUAACAGUUUACAUCCUGUAAUCCACUGAAGAGUUGAUAUCAUGACGUCUUUAAUCCAGUGAACAGUUGAUACCAUGACAUCGAUCCUGACAUUAAAUCCAGUGAACAGUUGAUAUCAUGUGACAUCUUCUAAACCAGUGAACAAUUGAUAUCAUGACAUCUUCUAAUACAACCAAGAGUUAAUAUCAUGACACCCUCUAAUCCAGAGAACAGUUGAUAUCUUGUGACAUCUUCUAAUCCAAUAAACAGUUGAUAUCAUGACAUCUAAUCAUGACUCAAUCUUGACUGAAUCAUGACUGAUAUGAUAUCUUGUAAUCCAGUGAACAGUUGAUAUCAUGACAGUGAACAUUUGAUAUGACAUCUUCUAAUCCAAUGAAGAGCUGAUAUCAUGACAUUGUAGUUGAUAUCAUGAUACAGUGUUUUAUAAUCAGUGAGCAGUUGAUAUCCUGUGACAUUUGCUAAUUCAGUGUUUAGUUGAUAUCAUGACAUUUUACUUGCUAUAAUGACAUCUAAAAGUUGAUAUGAUGCGACAUCUUCUAAUCCAGUUGAUACUUUUAAUGAACAGCUGAUACCAUGUAACAUUUUAUAAGACAGUGAACAGUUGAUACCAUGACAUCGAUCCUGACAUUAAAUCCAGUGAACAGUUGAUAUCAUGUGACAUCUUCUAAACCAGUGAACAAUUGAUAUCAUGACAUCUUCUAAUACAACCAAGAGUUAAUAUCAUGACACCCUCUAAUCCGGAGAACAGUUGAUAUCAUGACAUCUUCUAAUCCAACGAAGAGUUGAUAUCAUGACAUUUUAGUUGAUAUCAUGAUACAGUAUUUUAUAAUCCAGUGAGCAGUUGAUAUCCUGUGACAUUUGCUAAUUCAGUGUUUAGUUGAUAUCAUGACAUUUUACUUGCUAUAAUGACAUCUAAAAGUUGAUAUCAUGCGGCAUCUUCUAUUCCAGUUGAUACUUCUAAUGAACAGCUGGUAUCAUGUGACAUUUUCUAAGACAGUUGAUAUCAUGACAUCUAAUCAUGACCGAAUCUUGACUGAUAUGAUAUCUUCUAAUCCAGUGAACAGUUGAUAGCAUGACAGUGAACAUUUGAUAUCAUGACAUCUAAUCCAACGAAGGGUUGAUAUCAUAGCAUUUUAGUUGAUAUCAUGAUUGAAUCCAGUGAUCAGAUGCUAUCAUGACAUCUUCUAAUCCAGAUAUAAUGACGUCAGAACACCAAAUCCACUGCAGACGUCUGCUUUCCUUCUUUGACUUUACUUUUUCUAGAGAGUAAUACACGUGCUGCUGUUCUUGAACGCCACACUGUUGCUAAAUGAACGAUCGUGGGAUAAGACGCGUUGUCUUUGGUGCUGAGAUCAUUCUACUAGAAUCGAUUCCUUGUUUGUUUCUGCUCGUGUUUUGCCCUCCAACACUCCCCGCCAGUCAGACAAUGACGACCACAAUGGAUCUUUGCACGUGGCAGCACUCGUGAUGCACUGCCCGAUGUGAACAUGUGAUUUUUUUUUUAGCUUUUAUGUGUGUUUUUCUUUUUUUGUUUGAAAUGGAGCCCUGCAGCUUGUAUGCUUUUAUUCCCAUUCGCCUGUUUUGUUCCAAACAUGCUCAGUCUGUCACUCAAGUCAACGAUGUGCAAUACGUUUGUCGUCGCACUGUUCCAAAAAGUGUUCCGAUGUGAAAGUGUUCCAAAUGAAGAUGGUAGAAUUUACCGGAUGAAGUAUUUCCUGUAUGGUCUUUGCUCAGUGCUGCCCUCUUGCUAGACGGCAGGGAACUACAUCACAGUGUGAACAUCCAUCCAUCCAUCUUUUACAGUAUGUCGCUUAUCCCAAUGUGAACAUUAUUAUUAUUAGUAGUAGUAGUAUUAUUAUUAGUGUCCUGUAAUUCCUCAUUCACCAAAGCACAUCGGGACUUCUCCUCAUCAUCCUCUUCCUCGCCUCUGUCCUUUGACUAACGGUAUCCGUAGCGACGCCGAUCCGACCUCCCCUCCCCUUGCUAGACUUCAUCAGAAAAUGUUUUUCGAUUCUUUGUGGGGAAGAAAAACAAAACAUUUUUAACAAACAUUUCAAAACGUCAAGGUUUUUUUUUGUUGUUUUUUUUUUCCGUCAUCAUCUCUAAGCUUGAAAAAAAUUCAGGUUUAAAAAAAAAAAAUGUCAAACUUGUUUUUGGUUGUUUCGUAAUAAAAUUAAUCAUCCUGA